AUGGUGGCAAUGAAGGACGUGUUGCCAAAGGCAGGUCCCAUGUUCGUCGCCUCAGUCCGCCUCAUUCCAGCCGGACUGCUCCUCGUUGCCUUUGCAGCCAGCCGCGGCCGUCCCAUGCCCAAGUCCGCCCUUGCGUGGUUCUCCAUUCUCCUCUUUGCCCUCGUGGACGCCACAGCCUUCCAGGGCUGUCUCACAGAGGGCUUGCGCAGAACAUCAGCCGGCCUUGGAUCAGUUAUAAUUGACUCUCAGCCACUCACAGUGGCUGUGCUCGCGGCCCUUCUGUUUGGAGAGACCAUUUCCAAAACAGGGGCGCUGGGGCUUGUGCUGGGGGUUGUAGGCUUGCUGCUGCUUGAGGUCCCUCUGGAUGCGCUUCUCUCCUUCACUUCCUCUCUCACUGCGUCCAGCCAAUCAGUGCUUGCCACGUUGCCACUAGACAGCACUCUCUCUCUACCAGACAUCGCCCCUUCCCUCACUGAUUCCACUGUCACUAUAGCAGCAGCAGCAGCAGCAGCAGCAGCAGCAGCAGCAGCAGCUGAUGCUACAUCAGUAGCAUCAACAGCCAUUGCACUGACAUCAUCAGCAGCGGCUGCAGUGGGUGUGGGAGAGUGGCAGCUGUGGGAAAGUGGGGAGUGGUGGAUGCUGCUUGCUGCUCAAAGCAUGGCUGUCGGAACAGUCAUGGUGCGCUGGGUCUGCAGGCACUGUGAUCCCAUCAUGGCCACCGGAUGGCACAUGGUGCUGGGAGGCAUUCCUCUCCUCUACCUCUCCUUUCAGCAGCAUGAUCCAGCAGUCUCUGGUGGUCUUGCUGACCUUUCCCUGCUCGAUUGGUCCUCCUUAAUGUACACUUCAGUCUUCGGAAGUGCAAUUAGCUAUGGAGUGUUCUUUUACAAUGCAAACAAAGGAAACCUUACAAGGCUGAGCUCAUUGACUUUCCUCACUCCUGCAUUUGCUGCAUUCUUCGGGUUCAUAUUCCUAGGCGAAACACUGUCCCCUCUUCAGUUCUUUGGUGCUGGAGUCACACUGGUUGCAAUCUACCUUGUAAAUGCUCGUUCUCAGCAAAAAGCCUAG